AGAAAACUAUCACAUUUUUUCUUCACAAAUUUCAUAAUGCAAACAACAAAUGAUGAAUUUCAGUAAGGUUUAGUUAUGUGAUUUAAGUAGUUCACCCCUCCAAAAAGAAAACCCUGUCAUAAUUUACACGUAGCCUAUCUUUGCAGAAUUUGGGUGAACCCAACGGGCACUAAGACACUGCAAGACGGGAACUACAACAUGACGCCUUCCUGCCCCGCGGUGCUGUCUGAUAGGAAUCCGUGCAGCGAACCGGUGGAAAACCUGAACUCUGGGUCGCCCGCUGGACAGACUGCGAUUAAACCGGUGUGAUGGCGAGCAGCCCUGCAGUGUUGAUGCGGCUGGUGGCUUCGGCCUACACCGUGGCCGAGAAGGCUGGAACUAUUGUUCGAAAAGUGAUUCAAAGUGGAGAGCUGGGUAUCGUUGAAAAGACUGGAGCCAAUGAUCUACAGACUCUGGCUGACAGGCUUGUUCAGAAGAGUAUAUGUGCGUCCCUGUCGAAGAGCUUCCCUAAAGUCACUAUCAUCGGGGAGGAGGAAUUACCAGCUGAGGAUGUUAAAGAGGAGCUUAUAGAGAACGGGCACAGCAGCCUAAUUCUACAAAAAUCUUGUCCGGAUCAGUAUGCCAGCCUGAAGGAGGAAGAGCUGGUUGUGUGGGUGGACCCUCUUGAUGGCACUAAGGAAUAUACAGAAGCUGCAAGGGUUUUGUACAGCCCAGUUUACAUACAGAAGCCAGAGCAGACCUACAGAGCCCCUAACCGGCUUUUGGAUCAUGUGACGGUGCUAAUAGGCAUUGCUUAUAGAGGGACAGCCAUUGCUGGAGUCAUCAAUCAACCCUUCUACAACUACCAGAUGGGGCCAGGUGCUUCUUUGGGCAGAACGUUAUGGGGAGUAUUGGGUUUGGGCGCAUUUGGCUUUCAGCUCCAGGAAGUCCCAGAUGGUAAAAGAAUCAUCACUACUACACGGUCCCAUAGCAAUAAACUUGUUAUUGACGCAGUGCAAGCCAUGGAGCCUCAUGAUGUCAUCCGAGUGGGAGGAGCUGGGAAUAAGAUCAUCCAGCUGGUGGAGGGAAAGGCCUCUGCUUAUGUGUUUGCCAGUCCAGGAUGUAAAAAGUGGGACACAUGUGCGCCUGAAGCCAUUUUGCACGCAGUUGGAGGCAAACUGACAGACAUGCAUGGUAAUGCAUACAGAUAUGAUGCCAAUGUGAAGCACAUGAACUCUGCUGGAGUGCUGGCAACACUGAGGAAUCAUGAGUACUAUUUAAGCAGAGUGCCACAGGCUGUCCUACAGGCUCUUCCUUCUGACUGAACGAUUGCAGGAUAUGAAGUCAUACUCUAAACCGUUGUGCCUCAAAGCUGUGAUAUGUCCUUGUCAUAAAUUUUUCAUUCAUCUAAAAACAAAGAUGGUUUAGUACGGUUUUUAUUAACUUUUUUUAAGAAUUAAUUAUUUACUGAGUACAUUCACAUGUUUUGAUCCAUUUCCAGAAGAGGACCAAAUAAACCCUUUCUAAAUGUUUUUCUGCAGUUUUUAUUCUUCAUGAUAAUAUAACAUGCAGGUCAUUUAAAUCAAAAUAACUGUCAAUAUGUUAUACAUUCGGAGUGUCCACAUCAAGUUAAAUUUACAAAAGCAUAUUAAAUGCAAGACAAGUGUCUGUUUAAAUGUUUGAAAUAAAAUAUCUGUGAAAUAAUGUUCAAUCAUCAUUAAGCAUAAUGGAUAUUUAUGUAAAAAUUAAACAACGUAUUCUAAUCUGUACUGUAAAAUUUAUUAAAGGAAAAAGUGAUCAUACUAUCGAUUCUAA